AUGAAUUUUUACAUGUUUCUCAUGUUGUUCGGUUAUUUUUUCACCUGGAGCAGCGGCAUGUUGUACCGGCGCGACUCUGAUAAUGUUUUGAAACCCGAUCUUUUGCCAGUAUCGUCAACUGUGAUGCCACUACCGUAUUAUUCCGUAUACGGAUUCGAAAAGAAAUUACUUCGAGACAAGAACAAAAAACGACCCCAAGGGAAAAUCUCGCUAGUAACAAAACAACCAAAAUAA